AUGGCGAACACAGUCCUCCCCCCUCACUACCCUCACCCUCCAUCCACAGCUCCACUCGAAAUCGCUCAAAAUUGGCUCAGAGCCUUUUCCAAAGCCCUCACCAAUAAUCCGAAAUCGAUAACCACAGACUUAUUCCUCGAAACUUCAUAUUGGCGAGACGUUGUCUCUCUCACAUCUGAUUUUCGCACUUUCAGCGGUUUUUCGAAUCAUAUAAAGCCAUUCUUACACUCACGAGCGGAUCUUUUCGUUCCAACUUCACUCAAACUCCUCGUUGGCCAUGAUUCAAAGAAACCGAUGAUCACAGAAGUCUUUCCAGACUUGGUGUUUCUCCAAUUUGCGUUUUCGUUUGAUGUUUCGUACGGUGGGAAAGGCACUGCAAUUGGGAGGUUGGUUUAUACGGGGGUGGAAGAGGAAGGCGUGGCAGGGUGGAAGGUUUAUACGAUGUUUACGUGUCUCGAUCAGUUGGAUCCGUUUGUUGAGAAGGUUGGAUCUAACCGUCCAAUAACACCUGUGUUCGAACCUUGGGAUGAAUUUCGUCGAAAGCAGGUAGAGUUUGAGGAUAGAGAUCCUGAUGUGUUGAUCAUCGGUGCCGGUCAAACAGGACUAGAAAUAGCAGCUCGAAUGAAACAACUGGAUAUAGACGCGUUGGUGAUUGAGAAGAACCCUCGAGUCGGGGACAACUGGAGGAACCGCUACGACACCCUCGCCCUUCACGAUACGAUCUGGUACGACAAUCCACCGUACCUCUCUUUCCCCUCUACGUGGCCCGUCUACUGCACCGCUGGGAAACUUGCCAACUUUCUGGAAUCCUACGCAGAAACUCUAGAAUUGGCUGUGUGGACUUCCACUACGGUCGUUGGGAACGCUAGGUGGAAUCAAGAGGAUAAAACGUGGACUGUAGAAUUGGAAAGAGGAGAUGGGAAGGGAAGGAGAGUGGUUAAAGUCAAACAUAUUGUUUUUGGGACUGGGUUUGGAGGGGGCGUUCCUAAUAUCCCGAAGGUACCAGGCGUGGAAAAGUUCAAAGGGAAGAUAUACCAUUCCUCAGAGUUCAAGUCUGCUAGGAACCAUAAAGGUGAAAAGGCGUUGGUCGUUGGAGCCUGUAAUUCGGGCCAUGAUAUCGCCCAAGACUUCGCCAGGCAAGGUGUAGAGGUGACAAUGUACCAACGCAGUUCGACAUACGUUAUCACUGCCAGAGCAGUUGCGAUGCUGUUGGCGUCGUUCAACGAAUCCACGAUGAAUCAGUUAGACUGGGUUGAUCGUGCGAACGCGUCGUUACCAUAUCAUGUCGUCCGGGAGAUUCAGCAGAGGGUUGUACCUGUGUUUCGUGGGAGUGGGGUAGAUGGGGAGGUCAUUAAGAAUUUGGAAAAAGUGGGGUUCAAGACGAACACUGGACCAGACGGAGCUGGGGUGUUUCCAUUGUUGUUUGAGAAAGCCGGAGGGUAUUAUAUCGACACCGGAGGCAGCGAAGAUAUUAUUACCGGGAAGAUCAAGUUAAUUUCAGGUGCAGGUGGAGGGAUAAAAGAGUUUUCCGAUACUGGUUCAGGGGUGGUGUUCCAAGAUGGAAGUUCGAUUGAGGGCAUUGAUGUCGUUGUCUUUGCUACUGGCUUUGCAGACGCAGCAGACUCCAUCUCACCCAUUAUAGGCCCUGAACAUGCCUCUAAACUGCACAGAAUCUGGGGGUUGAACGAAGAGGGGGAACUACACUCUGUAUGGAGAGACUCCGGUGUGGAAGGUGUUUGGGUCGGAAUUGGGAAUCUUGCAAUGUGUAGGUAUUGGAGUUCUGUGCUUGCGCUGGAGAUUAAAGGGAGGCUUGUUGGGAUGUUGCCGGAGAAGUAUUGA